UUUAUUACUGAUGUCACUUCACCCACAUGCUGAAGUGGUAAAGUUUCAUUAAUGUACAGUAUGGAGGAAGUACAGGGGUUUUGUUUUUGUUGUUGUUGUUUACCUAUUUACAUGUCAGCAUCACGUGAUCGUGUGGAUGUUAAAGGGGUUUGAUUUGAACAUUAAGACUCCAUUCAGCAGCGAGCACCUCAUCAGGACAUCACCAUGGCAACCGUGUCAGUUCUGCUCCUUCUGCUCUCAGCUUUUUCUCCUCCAGUCCACAGCCGUCGCUCUAUAUUCCAGAUCAUUCCGAGUGAAAUGAAUCAGACUGCGGCUCGGGCAGCUUGCAGAGAAAAUUACAUCGACCUCGUCACUGUGUACUCUGAUGAAGACAACACUGAACUGCAUAAUAUGAUGAUGAAUUAUGGGUAUUGGAGCUGGAUCGGUCUCUAUCGCAGUAACUUCAGUGAGAAAUGGUCUAAUGCUGAUCCUGUAACAUUCAGAAAUCUGGCAGGGGAUUGUGGGACAUCGAGCUACUGUGCUGCUAUGAAGGCUGAUGGUUCAUGGGAAAGUCUUCAGUGCACAGGGACACGAUAUUUCAUGUGCUAUGAAGAAGAUGCUUCUUCACAGACUCCUAAUUAUCAUCUAAUCCUUGAGAGUGAGACCUGGUCUGGUGCUCAGCGUUACUGCAGGGGGAACUACACUGACCUGGUCAGUAUCAGAGAUCAGCAGCAGAAUGAAGAGGUGAAGAUUAAAGGGUUAAACAGCACCACGUCCUUCUGGAUCGGCCUGCUGUGUGAUGACUGGCAGUGGACCGAUGGAGGAAACUCCGCCUACAGAAACUGGGGGAGUGGCCAACCUCAGUCAUCACCAUACGACUGUGUAAUAUUGAGUGAAUGGGGAUGGAUUUCAGUACCGUGCAAUAAUAAUUAUCCCCCUCUGUGCUACAGCACUUUUUCUCCUCCAGUCCACAGCCGUCUCUCUACAUUCUAUGUGAUUAUGGAUAGCAUGACUCAGACUGCGGCUCGGGCAGCUUGCAGAGAAAAUUACAUCGACCUCGUCACUGUGUACUCUGAUGAAGACUACACUGACCUGUAUAAUAUGAAGCCUUAUUGGUAUUGGAGAUGGAUCGGUCUCUAUCGCAGUAACUUCAGUGAGAAAUGGUCUAAUGGUGAUCCUGUAACAUUCAGAAAUCUGGCAGGGGAUUGUGGGAAUUCGAGCCGCUGUGCUGCUAUGAAGACUGAUGGUUCAUGGGAAAGUCUUCAGUGCACAGGGACGCGAUAUUUCAUGUGCUAUGAAGAUGCUUCUUCACAGACUCCUAAUUAUCAUCUAAUCCUUGAGAGUAAGACCUGGUCUGGUGCUCAGCGUUACUGCAGGAGGAACUACACUGACCUGGUCAGUAUCAGAGAUCAGCAGCAGAAUGAAGAGGUGAAGAUUAAAGGGUUAAACAGCACCACGUCCUUCUGGAUCGGCCUGCUGUGUGAUGACUGGCAGUGGACCGAUGGAGGAAACUCCACCUACAGAAACUGGGCCAAGUGGAGUGGUCAUCCUCUAUCAUCACCAUACGACUGUGUAGUAUUGAGUGAAUGGGGAUGGUAUUCAGUAGCGUGCAGUGAUAAUUAUCCCCCUCUGUGCUACAGCACUUCCAUCCAUGUGAGUGAUGAGGCUCUGAGCUGGGAGGAAGCGCUGGAUUACUGUCGUGAAGGGAACAGGGCUGGAAUUCUCAACAUCGAUUCUGAAUCUGAACAGGAAGAGCUGGAGUCUGAGCUCAGGAGGAGGCGUGUCCCCCCAGGGAAUCUGUGGGUGGGGCUUGGACCGAACCGUCUCUCUGAGAUGAAGGUGUCGUCCGGUCCGCUGACCUGCGAGGACGUAGAGAGACAGACAGAACCUCCGCUGUCUCACUGCGCUGCUGACACACACGCUGCAGAAGCAGCACCUGAUUAUGUGAUGAACUCUGCUGAACUUCGAGUCGUGUGUAAACUGAAAUAAAAGGCGGUUUUCUCCAUGCUGGAAGAACAGAGCACUGCACAGUUGAGUGUUUUCCAGCACUAACUCACCUGAACCCUCCAUUAUGCACGUGUUCACUAGGUGAUGAGUUGAAUCAGGGGUCAUAGAGCAGGAAAAAGCCUAAAGUAUGCAGGAACUGUUCACACACGCAGAGCUUUACACACCAAUUCACAUUCACCAGAAUAUUCACAAGAUGUACUUAAGGCUUUCAGACGAAUUCAUACAAAUACACACAUUUUUAAGAUAUUAAUCCUUUUCUCCGUAAUUUUUCUUUCAAAUUUAUUAAAGCUGUUUCUUUUCUAUUAUCAUAUCUAUAUAUAAUAAGAAAAUAUAUUUUUUGUCAUUUCUCUUGUGAUAUAUUUUGUGCUGUUUCUCUUCAUGUGCACGGUGGCUUAGUGGUUAGCACCUCACACCUCCAGGUCGGGGGUUCGAUUCCCGCCGCUGCCCUGUGUGUGUGUGUGUGGAGUGUGUGUGGAGUUUUCCUCCGGGUACUCCGGUUUCCUCCCCCAGUCCAAACACAUGCAUGGUAGGCUGAUUGGAGUGUCUAAAGUGACCCUGAAGGAAAAGCGGUACAGAAGUUGGAUGGAUGGGUUUAGUAGCUGAAUAAACACUAAUGUUGAGUUCAGAAACGUUUGAUGUUCUUUCUUAAUAAAAUGUAACCUGAUG